AUGGAUUUCAACAGCAGCAGCCGGCAUUACAUUAGCAGUCGCCAUCGAGUAUUCACCGAAACUUCGAGAGCAACUCCGCUAUCAUUACUAUUGUUGCACUAUGACGAGUCCAGGACAGGCACCACCGGAGCCCUCUAUCCUAUUCUAUUGUCGUUGCGUUAUUCGCUUCCAGGUUUUGUGACGCGGUUCCAGUCCAAAUCGGGAAACUCGCAAAGUGGGCAGCUCGGAAAGUGUCUCGGCCGAGAGGUUACCCGCACCCAGACACCGCGACCGCUUAGAAGCAUGCUCCCCUAUUCCUGCUUUCGUUCUCGCUUUCUCUCUUUAGGGGCGGCUCUUGCGGCUGCCGCGGGGCGCGGUGGUCCUGUGUCCCCCGGCUCUGAUUGGUUCGUUGGAAGUGACGAUGUAUUUGGGUGUGAAGCCCUAAUUUGGGCAAAAGUUAGGGCUUGGUGUCACGUGAUACGGAAAAGGGUGGCACGUGACCGUUUUUUUCCUGUUUUUCUCUCUUCGAGCAGAAAAAAAUCGCUUACUUGA